AGAGUCGUGGAUGAGGCCACAGAUAAAGUGAUAACAUUCACUCAUUUAGAGCUGCUGCAACCAUCUAUGCAGCCAUUUGAAUAUAUGGAAAGGACUCCAUCAUGGGAGAUUAUAUUCCUUGUAGCACAGAUGAGCCAGAAAGGAAAUGUUAGGUGUGAUCGAGCUGAGAAGGACUUGCAGGUACAGCAGUGCGGCUGAGAGCAACUAAACUGCAGCGAUGGAACCUGGAUCUGUAAGCGGCGCUGCUGCCUUGCUUCUCACCAUCCUGAGCUGUGUGGUCCUGCAGGGCGUCCAGACAGGCGUCGUGGGGGAUUUCAACCAUGUGGAGCGCUGCAAAGACUCUCUGUUCAUGGGCACCCCGCCGCGGGGCUACUUCAUCAAAGCCUUCAAGAAGAUCUGCCAGAGGUACGAGGAUCAACCGCGCUACGUCACUCUGUACGACACACGCCGGCACAUCCCUGUCUACUCUGCCUAUGUGUUCAAGAAGACAGACGGGGAAAAGAAGGUGGACUUUCCGUGGAUGUUUGAACCUCAGUUGGCCUCGGACCAGAGCAGCAGCAACAUGGAGCCCUUCCCUCAGUCUUCAGGAAUGCACAUGAACUUUGAGGACACUCAAGCGGUUCUGGAAGACUACGCUGACGUCGUUCAGUACGAGCGCGGCCAACUGAACCCAGACGAACACCAGGCAGAUCCUCUGGACAAAGCCUCCACCUACACCCUAACCAACGUGGUACCCCAGAUCCGGGAGUUCAACCUGGGUCCCUGGGCCGAACACAAGGACCUCAUACGAAGGCGCCUUAACAACUACUGCCGCGGCAAAGCCUUCGUGGUAACCGGAGUCACCACGUCGGGUCACACCAUCCGCCGUAACAACCAGGAGCGCGUGGCCGUUCCCGAGUACACGUGGUCGGCCUACUGCUGCACAGAAUUCGACCAGAACGCGCCCUACUUUGUGCGCUACAAGUUCCCCGUGUUCGGGGCUUACGGGCUCAACGAUCGGGUCAAUAACCACAUGGUUGAGGUUCCUCUCAAGAACCUGGAGAAGUUCCUCAGAGGCAGGAUGAAUGUGGACAAGAACUUCCAGAUCUUUUACAACGACUGCGCCUCAGAAACCUGAGCUUAAUCGUCCGCUAACCUUCCGUGUCAGUGUGGGUCGGUACCGCCCAAAGCUACACUAGAACCUUCCAUAUGUGUCAAAAUUGAACGGAAAUUGGAGAAUUGUGGAUAUUUCAGGAUUGAUUGUUCUCUUAAUCUAAUAAUAAAGUUCAAUCUUUACAAAUAUCUGAAAUCCCCAACCUGUAUUUUGACUAAAUAAAAAUAAUGAGUGAUGA